AUGACAAUCAAAGUACGCGCCGAUGAACUCCUACACCUGACUGUGGACGACAUCGGAGAUGAGGAGUUCUUUGAACUUGCAGACCCAGAGAACGAGACUGAGGAACAUAUAGCACACUUACGAAAACUAUGCGAUGAGCGCGCUGAAAAGGAUCGGUCGCAGGCGGUGGACGCAGGUGAACUUGGGGCACGAUUAGGACGCCUUUCUUCGAGAGCAUCGCCCCCAAUCCCUCGUUACCGAUCCUCGUCCGCUUCGACUUUUGACCCGGAGAAAGAUAAAGAGCAGACCUGGCAAGAGGAAGUGGAAGCGUAUCGUGCCUUAGUAGCCGAAGGGGGCCGACCGUCUCAUCCUGUGGCCCUCGGCUACGACGUGAUAGACAACCCCGACAAGUAUGAGCAGUAUAAGGACAUCAUCUGGUUUUGGCACGGACUGGGAGGAUAUUACUCAGUGUUCCACCGUCAACUCAUGGAGUGGAGGGAAUUUCGACAAAUUCAAGACAAGAGGCGGAGUUUUUAUAUCCCACGAAACAGGUUUCAGGAAUAUCAAGACGCCGUCCGUGAGAGCCAAGCAGAUACAGGAUGCAAAUGGGAUCUCCGAGUGCUCGAGGACCGGCACCAACACAACCGGCUGGAAGACUGGAACGAGUUUCGGGCGUUCUACUAUCGGAGGCUCAAAGCAUAUGAGAAACUGGUCCCGCCGGCGGAGCAGGAGCUAUUGCUCUAUCAAAAGAAAUAUGAGGAUGCCCAAGCACGUUCGACCAAUGUCAUUCGUGACCCUCAGGUCCUAUACGGCCGAUUUGACGAUAUCCAGGCUUCAAUGAAAGAAGUGGCAGAAGCAAAAUCAAGAGUUGAGUCAGCCGAGAAGGCGUUACAAGCAGCAAAGAAAAAUAGGUCAAAGAGAAAAGAAGCCUUGAUCAAGAAGGUGCAAGAGGAACUCGCUGCUGCAAAAGCCCAGUUGAUUCGCGUGUCUGGUCCUGAGGAAAUGAGAAAACUUCGUGAUGGCUAUGAACUGCAUAUCGCUAAGAAGGUCAUGCUUAUGGCCGAGGGCGACUUCAAUGGGGCAGAGCUCGAUGUUAAGAGAUGGAAAGUAUUUCUGAAGUGGAUCGACGACCAAUAUCCUGCCAUUGCUGCCGAAUGUGGGUGCCUCGCCAGUGACACGACUGAUGUUUCUUCCCGAUCUGCCAGAGGAAAAGAAGAUCAACAGAUCCAGAAACGGCGGCCUCAGCCCCGCCAGAAAGGCCGUACGCAAAUACGGUCUGUCCUCAGUCCCAAUACCUCGUCCAAGAUCUCGAAAUUUUCAAAACCCUCGCAACGCAGAGCACCGUCUUCCAGCUUACGUGCAAUGGUCACAACGCAACCUCCAUUGGCAGACCCCCUACAGGAUGAAGAACCCCACGUGUCGAAGGUUCUUUCAUCUCAGCAAGGAGACGACGCGUCUAGUCGAGAGUUGCGGCUAUCGCCAUGUCUAACUAAGUCGACACUACAACCCACCCGCCGCAGCGCUCGAAUAGCAGAAAGAGUAAGACGCCUACAAGAUUCCAAUGGACGAUUUGAAACUGUGACGGCCAUGAGCAACGAUGCGCAUGUGCUGUCAACACAGAAGUCACGAAAGGGAAAGAACUUGAAGAAAGCGAUAACGGAGAGUGGCGAGCACCUCAAAGGCGUACAUCCAUCGAAACCUCAAGGCGUCACAAAGCGGAGGGGCCGUCCUCGUCGAAGAUAG